AUGCCAUUGAACGCCGUGGGAUGGACUACAGAAGAGGACGAGAGACUUGUUGAAUUAGUGAAACCACAGACAUGUUUAUAUAAUUAUUUUGAUCCCUCAAGAAAGAAUAUUCUCGCUCGAGAAGCAACAUGGCAAGAAAUAGCUCAAGCCCUGUCUAAACCAGUUGAAGAAUGCAAAAAACGCUGGCGUGGCCUCCGUGAUGGCUUCAUGAGAAGCAUGCGAAUGGGCACUAUACACAAGACAAAAGCCAACAUUUUUGAGAAAUUGCAAUUCUUAGCUGGCACUAUACUAGAUAAUUCAGAAGAUAUUGAAAAGGAGUCAAAUAAAAUGGAUAAUGAAACAAUAGAAGAGGAGACAAUUCUAGGAUCAGUGAGUUCAGAGCAAGUUAUUACUGAUAAUCAGGAAUACUAUGAGAUUACAGUUGUUGAUGGUCCACCAGAGACUCAGGUUAAGCAGAAUGCUUUCAUAAAAAUAUUACCAAAGGUGGAGCAGAAUACUGGGGAGCCACCUAAAAAAGUGAGCAGACGGGGUGCAGGUAGGAAAAGAAAUAUGCCUGCCCCUACAAAUGUACCUCCAGUUAAGAUACUUCCAAAACCACUAAUUAUGAAUGGGCCUAAAACCUACGUGCGAUAUGUGGAAGACCCAAAAACCACAAAAUCUCCUGAACAAAGGAGCAUGGCUGCUAGUGUUAAAAAAUUACAACCAAACUUAAUUCCAAAAGUGAAAAUGGAAGUGUGCAAUGUUAUAGCCAAAUAUGAAAUGCAAAGUUUUGACAAGAAUUUUCAGAACAAUAUGUAA